AUGUGGCUCUUCAGCGAGUGCUCUAAUCUACUGCCACCUGACAGGCCAAGGCAGCCUGAGGCGACCUUCGAGGCCGAGGGCGGCGAUUGGGACGAGAAUCGCGAGCAGUCGCAUUGGACUGGAACGGGUCUGGACGAGGACGGACAGCUACAAGUGCAGAACUCAAGGUCGCCGAUGCGUCGCGAGUAUGUGUCAGCAGUGAUGCUCGAUUGCGGCGACAUGUACGAGUUGAACGAGUCAGUUUGGGACGUCUUGAUGUUCGCGGGUCACCCAGCAAUCGGCAGUCUGAAUACAUCUGUAUUGUGGGGAAUAUAUGUCCUAAAUUUGGCAUUGCAAUGCAUGUUCAUAUUCUUGGUUCAACACCUUUUGAUGGAGGAGGUGAUCUCUCCACAAAAUCUCGACGGCCUCCUCAAGUUUAGACUUAGGUUGGCGCACAGGGCAGAGUACGCGGACAAGGUGACUGAGCGGUCGAUGGCUGCACAAGUGUACAGCUUCGAUCGGAAGCUGCACUUGGCCGGUGAGCAGGUGGACCUGUUUAGAGACUUGAACGACUUCGCUACCGGAGGGCUUCCGGCCAAGCUUCUGAUUUGUUUUAUACAGUAUCUGUGGCUCUGUACGAUCCUGAAGGAUAUCGAGAACACCAUGAGCGUCAUGACAGCGGUCUGGAGGAUCCCGAAAUGCAGAUUAACCAGAAUGGUGCUUGCAGACUUGCGUGACGAGCAUGACGAUAUAGAAUACGCGAGCUCAUCAUCCUCAGACCGCGACAGCGGGAAUAAAUUUGCUGAUUUUAUGAAAGUCGUGCGCAUAACCUCUAUGGCACUGAUGCGCAAGAUGCUUGUCAUCACUGCGGUGGGGAUUCCAAAGCGUGCCUGGCAGUCCUGCUCUACUUGGUAG